AUAAUAUUGCAGUAAUAGAAAUCGGACUAUUCAAAUGUGAAAAAAGUUGAUUAAGUGCAUUUUAACAUAUUAUAAUGUUAACGAAGAAUAUCAGAAAGCUGAAGAAUCAUGAAGUACAAAUGAAAAAGGGAGCGGGCAAGCCUGCCGGAAUCUAAGUAAUAAAAUUGGAAAGUCCAUAAAUUUGGAGUGCCUUAAAUGAAGAAAGACAAUUAAUUGAAUAUUUUAUUCAAAUCGGAAGGCAUGUCUAUUUGAGCUUGGCAGGCACAAAAAAGAGCAUACACAAAGAUGGGCUCUCCGAUAAGGCCUAGGCUAAAUAAGAAAAAUUAAAGGCUAUUUUUUAAAACCAAAGUACUUACUCCUAUUUAGAGCAUGUUGCUCGAAGUUUGUUUAAUUGGAAAUGUAAGAAACUUGCGGUCGUUUAUUUUUUCAGAAAUAAUCGAUUAGAUAAGGUUAAAUAUGAAAAAAUACCCCUUAAAAAUGAGAAAUGGAAUUUAAUUGUUAAGAAUAUCAAAUUCCUUUUGAAUGAAUCGUUUUAUUUUGAACUAAUUUCACUUCUAAAUAUGUUUGAGUUGAAUUACACUACAGAACAAAUCGCUGAAAAGUUGAUUGAAAAGUCUAAAAAUUUGGAUUAAGUGCCUCAGAUUGUUUAAAAUUUCUUCAUACUUUUGAAUAAGGAAAAACGUAUUGACCAAAUGAUAGAAGGAACUAGCUGUACACAACUUGAAAUACUAAAAAGAAUAUAUUUGAAUUCCUUACAAGAGCACAAAGAUUAUCUUUAUGAAAUAAUAGAAAAAAUCAGAUAGAUAAUGUGUGCGAGUUGGAUGCCCCAAUAUACACAGCAAUACGAAAGUGUUAACCAUGAGGUUUAGAGAUCCUUCCUCAACGAUGAAAGCAACCUCUUUUACUAAAUUGAUUAGGAAUGA